AUGGUAUGCGACAUUAACACCCCCACAAAGACAUACCACACCUUCCCUCCUCGUCUAUCAACAACAGCAAGUACAAAUGCAAAUGGAAAUGCAAAUGCAAGUACAAGUACAAGUACGAGUACAAACGGGCAACAGCAACAGCAGCAACCACAUCAACACCAACGACGAGCUCAUCGCGUCAGAAUCCUUAUGACUAGAGGGGUUCAUGAGUCCAUUGCUAUCAGGCUUAGUAAGAAACGAGGGUCUGCUUGGCAGCCGUUGAGUUCGAGGUGGAUUGAGUGUAGAGAGUCGGAGUGGCGUGGGUGA